AUGAACUUGCAAUCGCAGUUUUCAGGAAUAUCCAUUAGUCCAAUAGUAAGCGCAGGCGAAGAAGACGAAUUGAUAAACAAUAUUUUGCCUUCUUACCACAUGUACCAGCUGACUAUCUCCAAGAACUUGACCCCGACCGAUGAAAAUUUCAGAGUGGAUCCACCCAUAUACGAGGUUAGCCCUGUGACUACUUCCAAUACAUUAAAUAGUCUGUCAUUAUUUGGCUUUCAAACACCGAUGAAUGAGUCUGUGAACAACAGCGUAGAAGCAUUCCCGUUGUCCAUCACUGAAUCCCUGACUUUCAACGAAGAGUCGGCUCAGGUUUGGGAGAACACCAUCUUGGCAAACGCUCACAAAUUGCCUAACUUGACCAAGACCAAUAAUGCUGUCAGCUCCAACUUGGAAGUGAAAAUCACUGUCACGGAAAAAGUGUGUCAAGUUGGUAUGAAACCAACAGUUAUCGAUCCAUCCAAUAAAGAAUUCAGACAAGGUGACUAUAUCCACGGUUAUGUCACCAUAGUCAACAAGUCAGAUAAACCAAUUCUGUUUGAUAUGGUAUACAUUGUAUUUGAAGGAGUUAUAACUGUGCUUGACAAUAACAAGGGAUUCCUCGACUCAGAAAAUCCAGUCAACGUUUUUAAAUUUUUGAACAUGACCGAUUUGUAUGCUUCAUGGACAUACGCAAAUAUUGAUAGACUUGUAACCGAUAACGGGGACCCGCACGAUUGGUGUGAAGGUGAAACUGACCCUUACGAUAAUACAGCAUUAUCCAUAGAUGUGAAGCGUUUAUUUCAACCGGGAGUAACAUAUAAGAGAUUCUUCACCUUUAGAGUUCCGCAAAAGUUGUUGGAUGAUAUCUGUGAGCCACACAGCUUGAGUAGACAUACGGAUGUUCCUCCCAGUAUAGGCAUACCUAGAGGUCUAAUUGCACCUUCACUCCUUUUGGCUAAUAGAGAGUCACAGAUCCGUGAUAUGGCAUUUAUAGAUACUUGCAUAAGUUACAGUGUUGAUGCCAGAGUCAUUGGAAAGUCAUCCGAUUAUAAUUACGAAACUCACGACAGCAGGGAUCGAUAUAUUAUAGCUAAAGAGGCUACGUGUCCCAUUAGAGUGAUACCUACUACAAACUUAGAGUACGAAUGUAACCCUAAGGCAAUGAUACAAGAGGCGGGAUUAUACUACAAAGCAUUUGUCGAUUCCAUUGUUUCUAAGAUUGAAUAUGGCAAUGACCUUACGAAUGCUUCGACAAACCCUCGGACCUUGAAUCUACAAGCAUUGACCCCAGUGGGAUCCCGAGAUUCAAAUCACAAGUUGCGUCAACUAUAUGACGUGGCUGAUAUGUCCAUAAAACACAAUUUGAAAAAGAAUAGAAAACAAUUUGCUGAUGAUAUUUAUCAAUUUACAACGUCGUUCAAAAAGAAGUCUCUCACCGGAUCUGUCAAAGUUUUGGGGAUUGUGUCAUUGUCUACGCCAAAGGAACAUUAUAGUAUAUCGUAUGUCCCUCCAAUUAAAUUUAGAGAACCUGGUAAAAAGUACAACACCACGAUACUGGUUCCCAUAGAAUUGUCAUACUUCGUUGAAGGAUCAAAUACUUCAAAGGUUGUCUUCCCUGAAAUCAAAUCCUUGCAAUCUGAGCUUGUUGUAUUUUCUGUCAGAUCAAAAAAACAUUGUUUCCCAUUUGAAUUCACACAUGAGAUGUGUUUCAAAGAUGAAAAUAUUGACUCGUCGAAGAAGAAUGAGCCUGAUAAUUUUGAUCUGAUUAUAGUAAAGCCGUUCCAGGGGUACAUUAACGAAAUCCAGAAUCUAAUCAAGAACGUCAGUAACGAAGUCUUGAGAUUCGAAACGCAAAUGUACAAAGAUAUCAGAAGUGUGUCGGCCCUGAGUACGAAGUAUAUUAACUUGUCAAUUCCCGAUUUCGAAUUACAUUCAAAGUCGUCGAAAUCCAGUGGAAACCAUGCACUGGUUAAGACAAUUCCAUGGGAAUCUGAACGUAUUGAGCAGGAAGACCACUUGCUUUAUUCCAAAAAAUUCGAUGUCACCCUUGACCUUAAUAGCUGUCAUUUGAAGGGACCUGACAACAAGCACAACAGGGGAUUCGACUAUCUCACUUUGGUUCCUAGUUUCCAGACUUGUCUUAUGGCUAGAAUGUACUACAUAAAAAUUGUCAUCAAGAUGGUUAGUGGAGACUCUCUUGUGGUUCAUGUUCCUUUGACAGUAGACAAUUAUUAA